AUGUGUAGCUUUAACUUAGUUUUGACCGCCUGGACGCUGCUCAGCUUGACGUCGGCGCUGUCCUUGCCCUCGCGCUACUAUUUGCCACCCAGGCAAGCAGCCAGCGAUGCAGCGCCACCGAUUAUAACCAAACAGUUCUAUACGAUAACAGCAGCCGAGGAGCCGGAGGAACUGCAGCCGCGCACCAAGCACUUGGUCAUCGGACGCGCCAGCACAAACUAUCGCGUCAUCUUUAUACGCGCGCCCAGCUCACAGAGCGAUCAGCUGCGCUAUACAGCAGAGCUGGCGCCCCAGGAGGAGCGCACCGUCAUCUAUGUGCUUAGCCGCAAGCAGCACGAGCUGCAGGCACAGGACAUACAAACGCCGUCGCAGCAGCAGCAGCAGCAGAGCCUAAGCAAGCCCGAUGUCUUCUUCAUCAAGUACAAAACGAAUGACGAGGCGGCGGCAGCGCAGCGCGAGAUUCAAACGCAGUACGAUCAGCUGGGCGGCAACACGGAGUUUGUGGCUCCCUAUGUGGCGCCAGCGCAGUCUGUGGUGGGCAGCCUCGAUGCUGGCUUUGGCUAUGCUUACCAAAAUCCCAACAGCGCUUGA